UACGGUAACGAAUUGGAGCUUGUUCACCUGAUUUGCUUUGAUGUACUUACCCCAUACAACAUGUACGUAAUAUUUCGUUGUGUGGAUACGACUCAAAUGCUCUACACCUUCCAAAAGUUCAUACUGGAUUUGAUAGCAAAAAAUGGUGGAAUGGGAGGUCUUCCAAUGGCUACACCGCCAAUGGUAGCGCGCUUCUGGCACAAUGUGGCGAUGACAUUCGAGGUUGGAAUUGUAUGCGUAGUGAUGUUCAGGAAUAUUGGACCAGGCAAAAGCGCUUUCUUCGCGGAACAGAACGAAGCUGUUCAUGUCUGUCAUCCCAUGCCUCUGGCCAAUCUCUGA